CACGUCCAUUAUGAAUGCUGCUUUUGCCCGGGAUUGUUCGUGUAAUCAUUAUUAUUUUGAGUAAAAUUGUGAUCAAAAUUAUGGCAACAAUUAAAAAAACCGAUUCAUCUUCGAAUUUAAGUAAACCGAUGGCCUUAAUGGUCAAAUCCGCAAUCGAACAUCAUAGUGAUGAACGUUAUGGACCAUCAUUGGCUGCAAUUAAGAAGUUUUUGAUCGAACAUUAUCAUGUUGAUUUGAAAAAGAAAGCGUCACUUUUACGACGUCAUCUUGAAACUGCUGUUGCCAAAGGCGAUUUGAUCCGAACAAAAGGAGUAGGAAUGAACGGUCGUUUCAAAUUGGCUAAAGUAAAACAACCCAAAUCGAAAAUGGCUAAAGUUACCAGCAAUAAUGAUUUCGAUCCUGUAUUGACAACCUCAUCAAAAAGAACCGAAUCGAAACCAUUGGUCGAAGCUCAAAAGAAAAUGAUAAUUGUUAAAUCGAAAAAGGAAACUGCGAAUAAGAAAAAAGCUAGCCCUAUCAAAAAGAAAUGAUUGAAGUAGAAUUGAACAUAAAGUCACGAACAUGUGAUUAUUAAAAUAUGUUUGUCAC